AUGACAACAAAAACAAGGGACGAUCUUAAGAAUUUAUUAGAUUCAUUUAAUGAAGCCAUAAAAUAUUGGUUGACUAAUUUAGAUAAUACAACAAAAUCUACUGGUAAUUCAAAAAUCACUGAUCCAAUAGAUGAACUUUAUAAAUUGAUUAAAUUAAUUAAAGCUCAUGUAACUAAAGUAGGAAUUAUUUUUAAACCUAAUAAUUUGAAAAAAGAUCCAAAUGUAGCUUAUAAUACAUUAGAAAAAUUAUCUGAAACUUUGGUAUUAUUAAUUAGUUUAAUACAACUGUUUAAAAUUAAACAAGAAGAAAUUUCUAAAAUUUUUUAUGAUGAAAUAUUUAAUAAUGUUAAGAAUUUAAUCGUUUCUAUUAAUCAAUUAAGUAAUGAAUUAAUGAUUAUAUUCGAUCAAGAUGGAGAUAAUGAUGAAGAUGAUAGAGAAGAAGUUAGUGAUGAUGGAAGAUUAGUUGGAGUUGGAAGAAUUUGGUCUAAUUGUGAUGCUUUAAUUAAAUUAUUAGAUGAAGGUGCAGUUGGAUUAUUAAGUAAUAAAAUUAAACAAAGUAUAUUAUUACUAGAUGAUGGAUUUGAAGAAUUUAAAGAAUGGGCUGAAAAUCCCCAAGAUAUGGAUGAUGAUCCAUUUGGAUUUAGUGAUGAUGAUGAAGAUGAUGAUGAAGAAGAGGGAGAAGAAGAUGAUCGAUAUGUUAAUGAGGAACCACCAGUUGAUAAUUCAGAAAUAUCCAAGUUUGCAUUAAAAUGGGUUAAAAAAAUUGAAUUAAUUAAAUUAUUAAUAUCAUCAUUUAAAAAAUCCAUUCCAAAGACUACAUCAGGUCAACUAAUAGAUGAAAUAAAUUCAAUUCAAUUAAAAUUGAUCAAUUUAAUUGAUAAAUUUAUUAUGAAUUUAAUGCUUGAUACAACUAUAGAUGAUGAAAUUUUGAAAAAUACUAAAGAAAUCACUUUACAAGCUAAUAAAUUAAGUAAAAUUGGUAUUUCUAUUCAUUCAACGGAUGAUAAGAAAUCUAAAUGGUAUGAAACUUGGAUAAAUAAAUUUAUUAUAGAUUCGGAGUAG